CAGAAGAUUCUGAUAGUGUUUUUUGUUGUGUUUGUCUUUUUGAUGUAAUGAAACAUAUUUCUUCCUCUUUUUGUUUUGGUUUAUGGAGUUAAAAUUGGAGUGUCUAGGAGCUGAACAAAGCAAAUUUGUCUACUAGUGAAGUUGAUUUUUCAAGAGGAAACGUUUGUGGUGUGAACUCUUAAGUGGUCACUUGAUAAUAAGAUAUUUGUGUUCCGCUGACCUGUCCAUAAUUGCUUUUAGCUGCUAAGAAAGUUUGAGUAGAAAAAAAAAUGUUUUUUUUUUCUUUUGUCUGAAGAAAAAUGGAAUCUUUUUAUAAAACGGAAUCUUCUUUUGCAGCAAAAAGCCAACUUUUUAUUUUCCCGUGAGAGAAAAAAAAAAGAAGUUUUCUCGGGAAACUAAAGAAACCCUUAAUGAGUCUAGAGAUUUGAUAAUGGGAACUGUGCCCUUUUUUUUUUUACAUGAGAUUCCGUGUCCCUCAAGACUAGAAAAGGAACAACGCUUUUGCUAAGUCAACAAACAUAACUGACUAUGAUCUUGGAGAAGAAGGAGAUUUAUUCAAAGCUCCUGAUCCAAUUCUUGAAGAUCCUAUUGUAGCCGUUGAUCCACUCUCAGCUGCUUUGACAAUGAUCUCUUGCGGUGAAGACUCUUCGCAAGGGCUUUGCGAGCUUCCUGAUCUAGGGUCACUGCAGAGUGGCCAAGAGCUUCUUGACAAAGCCUUUUAUGAGUGUGAGCAAGAUCUCAUAAUGAAGUCAGCUAUGGAGCCUCCAUUCUCUGAUGUCUUAGACGUCAAGAACAUCUCUCUGAUCACCAAUGAGAGCCAGGAUUUGCAGAAGAGUGUUAGCUCGGAGAAUUUGAGCUCUAUGGGUUGGUCACAGAAUCAAGAAGCUCUUGUGGUUCAGAACUUCCCUGAUUAUUCUCAGUUGGAUUUUGGUUAUGUUAAUGGGAUGCGACGAGCCUUUAGUGAAGGCGAGAUACAGAAACUUGGGACUGGUCAUUUUCAAUCUCCACUGGAUAUGAUUAUUGUGAGCUGUACUUCAGAUGAUCGACGUGAGAAGCUGUCUCGAUACAGGAACAAGAAGAGCAGGCGAAACUUCGGACGCAAAAUCAAGUAUGCUUGUAGGAAAGCUCUUGCAGAUAGCCAACCAAGGAUCCGAGGAAGGUUUGCCAAAACUGAGGAGAGGAAGUAUAAUUGAGUUCAAAAGAAUGGGAUGGGACUGAAGAAAGUUGGAAGAAUGAGGAGACAAGGAUCAUGUCAUUAGAAACUAGUUUUGUUUUAUAUAUAAUGUAUAAUGAUGUUAUGAGCAUCUAAUUAGUUUUUGUAUAUAAAGGGUUUCUCUGAAAUAAGCUUUUUUAAGGAAAGAAAAAUUGUAGCUACAGAAGUUAUGUAAUGGUGGUGAGAUGUGUAUAUAUUUUAUAUAAUCUAUAAUUCUAAAUAUUAAGUAUAUAUC